UCCUGAUCACCUUCCUCCAAAUUUUUUUUUUAUUAAGGUACAGAAACAUUUAUGUACAAAAUAUCUGUUAUCCAUAUAGAAGGGAUCUGAAGACUUUAAUGGAUUUUUGUUAUUUUGUUUUGCUAUUCACCUCUUCCCUUGUUUGCAACCAAGUGGAAAUUUCACUGCCAAAAAAUCAGCGAGCCAGUAAGCUCUGUUUUUGUCUAACUAGGCAAUUUUUUACAGUGGUUUCUUUAUUCAUCCCAUAAGUAACUUAUUAACAACCCGCCUGGCCCUUCUUAAAGUAGUUCUGCUGAAAGUUUAUAUAAUCCCACAUUUUCAUUCCAAUUGUCAUGUUUACUGUCUAUAGAUUUUUUUCCCCCCAGUGUUCUGUCAGCUGUUGUAGUGAUUGAACCAGAUAGUGUCAUUUUACAGAGCAAAAUUGCAUGACUGUAUUCCUGCAAGUUACAGCGGAAACGCAAAUGUGUUGUGAGAAGUGAGAGGAAACACUAAGAUUGGCUUUGUUUUCAAAUAGUUCUGAAACUCCUGAAGAACAAGACAAUUUAGGCACAGCAGCAGUGAUGGUUUUGGCUCAAUGUUCUCCUUCGAAGUUGGGGGGGAAAAGAGACUCUCUUAUACUCGUGACUCAUCGUAAACUUCUCAAGAGUCAGGUCCACCCUGUCCGUAUGUUUUUUCUUGAGAGAAGAAUCUGAAUAUUUCCUCCAGUCUGUGAAACCCUGAGUCAUACCUAAUAAGCCCUUCCCAACAAAUACAACUUCCUCUUUUAGUCACCUUCUACUGCCCUGCUUCUGGAAGACACCGGAGAACCGCUUGAGCAGUGAUUUUUAUUUCCAGUAUUCAGUCCUCUCCUGUUCGGAGCUGGCGAGUGAGGAUGCAUCCCCAAGACCAGCGCUGAGCAUGUAUGCGGCGGGCAUGACGGAGUGCAAGGCGGAGGUGACGCCCUCCACCCGCAAUGGCCACCGUGUAUUCAGCUACACGCUGGAGAGUCACACCGCAGCCGCCUUCACCAUCAUGAAUGAGCUGCGGCAGGAGAGGCAGCUUUGCGACGUCACGCUGCGCGUCAAGUACAAUGACCUGGAGGCUGUGGACUUUGUGGCCCAUAAGGUGGUGCUGGCCUCCUCCUCACCUGUCUUCCGUGCCAUGUUCACAAACGGGCUCAAGGAGUGCGGCAUGGAGGUGGUGUCAAUUGAGGGGAUCCACCCCAAGGUGAUGGAGCGCUUGAUUGAGUUCUCGUACACAGCCAGCAUCUCAGUCGGGGAGAAGUGUGUGAUCCAUGUGAUGAAUGGAGCCGUGAUGUACCAGAUCGACAGCGUGGUCAAGGCCUGCUGCGACUUUUUGGUGCAGCAGCUAGACCCUAGCAAUGCCAUUGGCAUCGCCAGCUUUGCCGAGCAGAUCGGUUGCACGGAACUGCACCAGAAAGCCCGAGAGUACAUCUACAUGAACUUCAGUCAGGUGGCCACCCAGGACGAGUUCUUCAACCUGUCCCACUGCCAGCUGGUGACACUGAUCAGCCGCGACGAGCUGAAUGUGCGGUGCGAGUCAGAGGUGUUCCACGCCUGCAUGGCCUGGGUGCAGUACGACCAGGAGAACCGGCGCCCCUACGUACAAGCACUGCUGCAGGCUGUGCGCUGUCACUCGCUCACUCCGCACUUCCUGCAGCUGCAACUGCAGAUGUGCGAGGUGCUCAAGUGGGAUGCGCAGUGCAAAGACUACCUCUCGCAGAUCUUCCAGGACCUCACACUGCACAAGCCUACCAAGGUGCUCUCCUGCCGCACCCCCAAGGUCCCGCAGCUCAUCUACACGGCUGGGGGCUACUUCCAGCAGUCCCUCAGCUACCUAGAGGCCUAUGACCCUUGCACAGGCGACUGGUUGCGCCUGGCAGACCUACAGGUGCCCCGCAGCGGCCUGGCCGCUUGUGUCAUCAGCGGCCUCUUCUACGCAGUGGGUGGCCGUAACAACGCACCUGACGGCAACAUGGACUCCAACAUGCUGGACUGCUACAAUCCCAUGAACAACCGCUGGUCGCCCUGCGCUCCUAUGAGUGUUCCACGCAACCGUGUGGGCGUGGGCCUCAUCGACGGCAUGAUCUACGCUGUGGGCGGCUCACAUGGCUGCAUCCACCACAACAGUGUGGAGAGGUAUGACCCAGAGAGGGACUCGUGGCAGCUGGUGGCACCCAUGUUGACCCGUCGCAUCGGUGUGGGAGUGGCUGUCAUCAACCGACUCCUAUAUGCAGUGGGUGGGUUUGAUGGCACACACCGCCUUUCCUCUUCCGAAUGCUACAACCCCGAGAGGGAUGAGUGGAGGAGUACUGCAGCUAUGAACACUGUGCGCAGUGGGGCAGGGGUAUGCGCCCUGGGCAACAAUAUUUACGUUAUGGGUGGCUAUGACGGCACCAACCAGCUGAACACAGUGGAGCACUACGACACCGAGACGGAUAGCUGGAGCUUUGUGGCCUCCAUGAAGCACCGGCGCAGUGCGCUGGGUGUCACCACGCUCCAUGGGCGCAUCUAUGUGUUGGGUGGGUACGAUGGGCACACAUUUCUGGACAGCGUGGAGUGCUAUGACCCUGAGACAGACACCUGGGAGGAGGUGACCAAGAUGACAUCGGGGCGGAGCGGUGUUGGCGUGGCCGUCACCAUGGAGCCCUGCCGAAAGGAGCUGACUCAGUGCCAGAAGCAUUAGGGGAAGUCUCUCCACAAGCUGGACCCCCUUUCUGACUCUCUGUGGACCACUGCCCUCCUGACCCUGGUUUCUUUCUCAUUGUUCUUCUUUUAAAGGAACCAGAGCUUAGCUAUAAGCAGAUACCUGCCCUUCAGCUGCAAGCGUUCCUCUUUUUCUUUUGUCUCAGGUCAUUAUCCUAAUGAGAAGUCAAAUUAGUUCCUCUAUUAUUACUAUCCAGGUAAAUCAGCAGGAAAAUGUUUGCAGAUUUUUUUUUGCUAUUAAGCAGAAGUUUCCUUUUACCCAAAUCAUAAAUGGCCCAGUCAGCAAUGUGCUUAAGUCACUGGACCCAUGAAUAGAAGGUAGGCUCAGAAGUCAGAGAUAUUUGUAUUUUGGAUUACUGUUUAACCAGUCACCAAGUGGAAACAGCGUAUUCAGAGCUGUGUGGAUAACAAGAUGCAGAAUUCCGCCUGUCUGCUGUUGUCUGGUCGGUCACACGAUCAGCAUGAACACGCUCAGUCAUUUGCAAAAGUGGAUAUGUGGGGAGGAGGGUGUGAGGCAUAGUUUUGACAUUUGGACUUGCGGUAGAUGCUGAGUGUGGUGCACCCUUCCUAAUGAAGGGAAAAGGCCUUAAGGCAGCAACCACGUGAUGAGUAGCUGUUUCACAGCCAGGAAAUACUUCAUUUCAAGGAGGAGUUUGCUUGCGUGCAAAAGGGGAAAGAACGCGCACACAACAUCUAUAACCGCUUGUCUCGAGCGGGGGGUCGCAGCGAGCCGGAACCUAACCUGGCAACACAGGGUGCAGGGCUGGAGGGGGAGGGGACACAUCCCGGACGGGACGCCAGUUCCCCGCAAGGCACCCUAUGCAGGACUCUAACCCCAGACCCACCACAGAACAGGCCCCUCGGGGAAAGAACACUAACUACCCUCCCUUUACAAAUGAAAUACUCCAACUCAGCACCUUACCUCUGCUGUCAAAUCACACUAUUGGCAGGUGGUAACCAGGUUAUCACAAACGGGAGGUUUACUUAUGGUAAAUGAAUUUGUAACACCAUUUUAAGAAACAGCUUUUUUUAAAGGACUCUGAUUUUUUUACAUUGAUAUUCCAUACAGUCUUGUACAGAAUUCUGUGGCUUGUUUUUAUUUAUGGUUAUCCUUGUCUCAGCCCUUCUCCUACUAGCUCCACAUGUAGCAGACUGGACUCUCAAUUCUUACUGAGCAUGUGUUAUAUUUUGGAGGUAUCAUAAGUGUUUAAUUGUACCUUUUCUGAAAUUUGCUUCUCUGAGUGAAAGAUUUUCUCACAGUAAUUCCUGAUUAACAGAUUAUUAAAAAAAACAUUGUAAAUUUUACAAGAAUUCAUUGUAAAAACAGGUUGUAUAAUAAAGUAUUUGUUUAUUGUA